AAUUAUUGAAAAAGAGCCUCAAAUAUUUAUGUAGUCAAUUCAUUUGCAAACAUAAAGUGAGAGAUUUCUCAGGAGUGCGUUUUAUCAGCUAAUUAGAAGCACUAGAAAUAUAACAAAAACUGUGCACUCAAUCAUGUAGUGCACAAUAUAUUUUAGAUUAGCGCAAAUUAGUUCCUGCUAACUUGUUUCAUAUUCAACCAGGAUUUAUCAAAAAGUAUUAUAUGUUAUUCUGAUAAAAAAAUUGGAACCCUGAACUUUUCCUUAUCCGACAGUCGGUAAAACAAACUUUGAAAUAACUGUACAUACAAAAUCAAGGGCAGGGGGGUAGGGGAACACACACUACACGAUACGCAUACGUGUGUCGUGUACUCCAUUAUAUCCAUCAUCUAAUCUAUCUGUUGCUCAGGCCGCUCAGGCCUACUGCCGCGCAACCCUUCUUCCAUCGAGAUUUUUUUUUCUAUCACGACAUGCAGCAAUCCGGUCUGUUCAUGCGGACGCAGACUAUGUAUAUCUCUGAUAUGUGUGACACGCGAGUGCACCAUUCAUCGAACAUGUCAAUAACUUUGUUUCAAUGAACUCUCGUUCAGCAGAAUCUUUAAUCUCGUGAAUGAAUAAAAUUGAGCUAUUUUACUGAAUUUCAAAGUGCUUUCAUGCAUCAGCUGUGAUUUGUGUCAUUAUUUAUUUUAUUAUCGUUAAUAUUAUUAUUCUCAUAUCGGAGUAUCGUGUAUCUCGGCCUUUUCCUGUUCCGGUAAAGUUUUAUCCCUCUCAGAAAUGGAAACAACCGCAGAAUUUGACAAAAUCUAUGAUACACAGUUCUGUAUCAUAUAGAAUAAAAACCAAAAUUUGUUUUUUGAAGAGGAUCAACAACAUGAAAGACUUUUUCAACAGUCUGAACAUAUUUACUGGAACUGAAGGAAAGUUGAGAGAACUCUACAAAUUUAUUCAAUUACAUUUAAAUUAAUGUAAAAUAAAGUCUCCCAAAUAAAAUCAACAUAGCUCAGCAUCAAUAUUCAAAAAGAUCAAGACUGAUCAGAAAAAUGGACGGAAUUAUACCAGAAAUGGAACAGAUCAUUAGCCAGCUGGAACGAGGAACCGUUGUGACAAAAUUUUUUCAAAGAAGGCGACCUGAGAAAAAGACUCUACUGAUACGGCGUGAAACUCGACAAAUUGUUUGGUCAAGAAGCGCAAGCGCCAGGCCCUUUGAUGGAUCUGUCGAAAUACGAGAAGUCAAAGAGAUCAGAAUUGGAAAAAGUUCCAAGGACUUUGAAAAAUGGCCCGAAGAUGCGAAGAGGAUCGAAAAUUUACGGUGUUUCGUAGUUUAUUAUGGAUCGGAAUUUCGUCUGAAAACUUUGUCGAUAUCUGCUCUCAGCGAGAAGGAAUGUGAAUUAUGGGUGAAGGGCUUGCGACAUUUGGUACAAGAUACUAUAGAUGCUCCGUAUCCAUUGCUGGUCGAAAGAUGGCUGAGGAAAGAAUUUUACGCAAUGGAAAAUAUGAGAGAAACAGUGACAUUGAAAGAUGUCAAAACGUUUUUACCGAAAAUCAAUUGCAAAGUAUCAACGAAUAAGCUACGAGAGCUUUUUCAAGAAGUGGAUACACGUAACAGGACUGAAUUGGGAUUUGACGAUUUCGUUCUUUUGUACAACAAGUUGAUGUCUGAUUAUACACCUUUCUCUGAUCAAAAUACUCUGAUGAGCUACUCGAGCGACUCGAAAGGGUUUGAAUUGCAAGAAUUUCAAAAUUUUCUCAUCAAUGAACAAAACGAUCCCACUGGUCACGAUUCCUCCAAAGUAUCACGUUUCAUCCGUGAAUAUUUACAAGACCCGCAACGAGAUGUCCAAGAUCCUUACUUCACACUCUCUGAAUUUGUUGAUUUUUUGUUUUCGAAACAAAACGAUAUUUGGGAUCCGAGUUACGAUCAUGUUUCCCAAGACAUGACGAGGCCUCUGUCUCACUAUUGGAUCGCAUCGUCACACAAUACGUAUUUGAUGGGCGAUCAAAUAAGUAGCGAGAGCAGUUGUCAAGCUUACGUGAGAGCAUUGAGAUCAGGCUGUCGAUGUAUAGAACUGGAUUGCUGGGACGGUCCGGAUGGAAUGCCUUUUAUUUUUCAUGGACACACAUUGACGACAAAAAUCAAAUUCUUAGAAGUCAUUAAGACAAUAAAAGAACACGCGUUCGUGACAUCGGAAUAUCCCGUGAUUCUUUCCAUUGAAGACAAUUGCACGUUGCCCCAACAAAGAAAAAUGGCAGCUGCGAUGCAAGAAGUUUUUGGAGAUGCUUUGCUGACCCAACCGGUCGACAAAAACGAAACGUGUUUGCCAUCGCCUUAUGCAUUGCGACGACGAAUAUUGUUGAAGCACAAAAAACUUCCGGAUGGCGUUGACGAAAGCACAUUCGUCGUCCACACGAAUGACAGCAAACAGGAAAUGGAUCUUCGAAAUACAGUGAAAAAUGGGAUCCUCUAUCUGGAGGAACCGAUCGAAAGGGAUUGGAAUCCACACUUUUUCGUAUUGACUCAGAGGAAAUUGUUCUACACUGACACGUUUUCAAGGAGCACGGACAUGGAACACGAUGAGGACGAAGAUGGCACGAUUCAUCGCCCUUCGGAGGGAGUGCCAAACGACGAGUUGCACUUUGGUGAGAAAUGGUUCCACGGAAAAUUGGGUCGAGGCCGAGAAGAAGCUGAAGAAUUAUUGCGACGUUAUUCGCAUCUCGGAGACGGGACUUUUCUCGUACGCCAAUGUGUAACAUUCGUCGGUGAUUAUUGCUUAUCUUUUUGGCGAAAGGGCAAAGUAAAUCAUUGUCGAAUCAAGUUAAAGCAAGAAAUGGGUCAAACGCAGUUUUACCUGAUCGACACGAACUGCUUCGACAGCUUGUACAGCCUCAUAACGCAUUACCGAAAUCACCCCCUUAGGAGUCAAGAGUUCUUGAUAACCCUACAAGAACCUGUUCCUCAACCGAGUAAACACGAGGAAAAAGAAUGGUGGCAUUCCCAAUGCACGAGAACACUUGCCGAAGAAAUGUUGAAACGCGUUCCUUACGACGGCGCUUUUCUAGUCAGACCGAGCGAAAAGGAAUCUAAUUCUUAUGCAAUAUCAUUUAGAGCGGACAAGGAGAUAAAACACUGCAGGAUCAAGUUAGAAGGUCGUUUGUUCAUGAUAGGGACAGUGCAAUUUGAGAGUUUGGUCGAAUUAGUCAGUUACUACGAGCGACAUCCGCUUUACAAAAAAAUCAAGCUUUGCCAUCCGGUGAAUCAGGAGGUGCUGAGACGAGUAGGAUUGGAAGAAGGAGAUGGAAGUGUUUACGGAAUUCCUGGCUACAUGGAUCCGACGGGAUUCGCUUCGAAGGUAACUGUGAAGGCAAUUUAUGACUACAAAGCUCGGAGAGAGGAUGAAUUGACUUUAGUAAAACACGCUAUAAUUACGAACGUAAAUCGCCAAGAUGGUGGUUGGUGGCGAGGUGACUACGGUGGCAAAAAGCAGCAUUGGUUUCCUGCCAAUUAUGUGGAAGAAAUCGAUUACCAGGAGAAUCAAACUGACUCAUCGGAUUCGUUGAUGCUGGGAAAUUUGCAAAAGGGGUCGUUGGACAUAAUGGGAGCUGUUGUAGAAUUAUCCGUCGGUGACAAACCAGGAUUCGACUGGAUUCUAAGAAUACAGAAUCCGAGCAUGUGCUCCGUAUUCGAAGCUGCAACACCCUCCAAAGAUAUCGCUUUGGAGUGGAUGGCAAAAAUCAAGGAAACUGCACAAAACGCCAGUGUUCGGGAAAAUCAACACAAAGAAAUGGAACGUGCUUGGAGAAUAGCGAAGGAAAUGUCGAAUCUGAUAGUUUAUUGUCGAUCGGUCGCAUUUAAUACCGAUAAAAUGAAAUCGAAAGGGUUCGUUUUCCAAGAAAUGAGCAGCUUCCCUGAAACCAAAGCGGAAAAGCUCAUUUGCCAGCAGGAAAAUGCAUUUUUCCUCAAAUAUCAUCAGAUCCAAUUCAGUCGAGUUUAUCCAAAAGGUCAAAGAAUAGAUUCGUCGAACUAUAAUCCAGUUCCUAUGUGGAAUUCCGGAUGUCAAAUGGUAGCACUUAAUUAUCAGACCGGUGACAAGCCUAUGCAAUUGAAUCAAGCUAAAUUUCGUCAAAAUGGAAAUUGCGGUUACGUAAUUAAGCCUGAUUUCAUGUUCCGAGACGAAUUCAGUCCUUACGAUAGAUGUUGUCUGCAUGAUCUCGAAUCUCUCAUGAUUAGCUUGAAAAUCAUAGGAGCGAGGCAUUUGAGCAAACCUGGGAGAGGUACAGCGAGUCCUUUCGUCGAAGUUGAAGUCGUUGGUGCGGAGUUUGAUAGUGGGACGAAAUUGACAACGAAAUCGAUAACUGACAACGGGUUUAACCCAAUUUGGGACGAGACUUGUCAAUUUGAGAUUGCAAAUCCGGAUUUUGCACUCCUUAGAUUCGUCGUUCAGGACGAAGACGUUUUUGGAGACAAGAAUUUCAUUGGUCAAGCCACUUAUCCUGUGCGCUGCUUGAGAACGGGAUACAGGAGUGUAACGCUAAAAAAUAAUUACAGCGAAGAUCUUGAACUCGCUGCGCUUCUCGUUCAUAUCAGGAUCGCUGUGAUAUCCGUAAGAUAAAAAGGAAAUAAUAUUUUUCGGGAGAAUCAUCGAUAGAACGUUCGCUAUGAUUGCGCCGGUUCGUUGUGCCAAAAUUAACGUAGAAUUGGGCAAUAAAAAAAUUUGAAGAGAGUUUUCUCCUCAAAUUGUACGAAAUAAUUCGCUUUUCAAACAUAAUAUUCUGCUUUUUUCAGAUAGUAAAUUUAUUGGAAAAAGUGAAAAACAUCCAAAUUGAGUCCUAUUUACAAUGAGGUUAAUUAGCAUUAAUGAACGUAUCUAUACGUUUUUCAAACAAAUACGAACAUUUUUAAAUAAAAUUAGUUUCACAUAAAAAAUCCUUUUUUUUACUCAAAAUUAUAAUUCUAGUGCUCCAUGGAUAUUGCGUGAAAAGAGCUCAGUCGGUUUAAUGAGUGAAAACUGCACUCACGACAUUUAACAAAUCAUUGAAAAUUCAUUAUUCACUUUUUUUCAUAUCCAAACAUAUCAGUUAUGUAGAUAUUAGUAAACUGAGAGUCAAUAACUUUAGCAGUAAUAGUUUUAAAAUUGACUUAACACGGAGGGGUUACAAGGAUUAUACUUAAUGCCGAGCCUAUCGUCUUUCUUACUCCAGUAUUAGCGGAGUCACUGUUUUGAGAAGAAAUUUUAAAACAUUUAAAAGGGUAUCUACUGUUCAGGGUCGAAAACCUCAAAGUUGUGUCUCGAUCGAUGAGCUAUUUCACCAUCAAAUGCUCAUGUUCCCCAUCAUUUAUUUGACUUUAUAUGAAUCAAUUUUUGACUUUAUUAUUGUUUUUAAGCUUUUCCCUCGCUUACCAUUUCAAUGUAAAAAAAAAGAACUCGCAUUAUUUCAUCCGAUCCAGAAAAAUUAUGUUUGGGAAUCAAUUGGAGAAUUUUUUUAAUAUAUUUUUUUUAAUGUUUUGAAAUGAUUAAAAUAAUUCUGAAAAUUUAUUACUUUUAUCACGAAUCAAGCAAAAUUAUACUUUCAAAUUUUCCAAAUGGAAGAACGUUAAAAAGCUUGUAAUGUUACGAAAUUUAUGGAAACGAUUUCAAACUCCAAUGAUUGAGAUGACAUCAACUACAAAUAUUAAAUGCAUAUUUUGAAAACUAAGAAAAUGUAUGCAAAAAUCACCUAUUUUAGUACUCGCAAAAGAUUAAAAUGACUCUAUUUACAACCAGUACAUGAUAGGUCGUUCAAAAUACUGGUUAGCGAAACAAAGAUGGCAAAUCCAAAAAUAUUUUGUAUAAGAUUAUUGUCCUGUACUUGUAUUAGUAUCGAAUAUACAUAAUAAAAAACUGAAAUAUUGUUACUUCA